AUGGAGGGAGACUUCCAGUUCCUCUUGUGCGCGCGGUGCCAGAGAGAAGCCAGGAACCCCAGACUCUUAGCCUGCCUGCACACCCUCUGCAGCGAAUGCCUUGAGGAGAACAAGCCCGCUGGGCAGUGUCCGGUCUGCGCCAUCCCCAUCCAGACCUCGGAGAGAUUUCCGCCUCAGGACAACCUGCUUUUCAUCAACCUCCAGGCCAAGCUCAACACCUACCAGAAGAUCGUCAGGAAUCAGGAGCUGCUUUGCAAUCUCUGCAAGGGAGGAGCGGAGUUCUGGUGUGUCGAGUGCGAGGAGUUCCUUUGCCUGAAGUGUUACGAAGCCCACCAGUGGUACAUGAAGCAGAAAAGCCACGAGACCCAGCAGCUGGCCGACCUGAGGAAGGAGACGGCCCAGAGUUUUCUAGAAGGGGCAAGGAAGUCUUGCAACCUAUUUUGUGCCGAGCCCAGCCACAACAAUCAGAUCAUAAGCAUCUACUGUCGUGGCUGCCGCAAACCCAUGUGUUGCUCUUGUGCCCUGCUCGAUGGAGAACAUUACAACGCCAAGCUUUACAGUGACAUCCGGGUGGAAAUUGAGAGCCGGAAGGAGGAACUGAGCAGGGUCAAGGUGGAGCUGGUGGAGAAGAAGAGGAGUUACGAGAGCACCUACCACAACGUCCAGGAGCGACUGCAGAAGCUGGAGAAAGUACGGAACGAGACCCGAGAGCUGAUCCAGAAGAAGGUGAAGGACAUGGUCCAGUGGAUCCAGCACAAGGGGGAGGAACUUGUGGAGAAAGUGGACCGACGACUGUGUCUGGAGCAAGAAGAAACCAAGAAGAAGCUGGAGUCUACGGAGCAGUUCCUCAAGCGAAUGGAGGCCGGCGAGCAGCUGGUGGAGAAGAUGGACCUCUUUGCCUCGGACCAAGAGGUGAUGGACAUGCAGCCCUUCAUCAAAGACUCCCUGGAGAGGCUCAAGAAAGAGAAGCUGCCCGCUUCGAGCUUUCGGAUCCAAGUGGAGAACUUUGAUGAGGUCAAAGGGGAACUCCAAGAUCUGCUUAGGAGAGUCAAAGGAGAAGAUGCCUUUGGGUGUACAGUUUCCACGCCCGGAUCUUGCUGUUCGCUGGUCAAUUCGGAUAGUCUGCACAAUGAGAAAACUCCACCCAGAUCCCAAGGGGUGAAAACACAAAGGCCCACAUACACCGUCAGCGUUGCCAAAACACCACAAGGUUUU